AGAGAGAGAUCGAAACCUGGAAUUUUUUUUCCAUUUUGCCUUAAAUUUUUAACAAUUUUGUUAGUGGUUAUGUUUGCAAAACAAUAUAGAAAAAUAGCAUCUCGAGUUUUCCAAAUCGUUCUUCUUCUUCCUUUAGAUCUGGUUGUUCGGUUCUUCAAAUUGUCUUCAUCUUCAUGCGUUUUCCAAAUCGAUUCUUCAAAUCUUCUGUAGAUCGUUCUUCUUCUUCCUUCGGAUCUGGUUCUUCAAUUCUUCAAAUCGUCUUCAUCUUCAUGCUUUUUCCAGAUCGGUUCUUUGGAUCGUCUUCGAAUCUUCAUGCAUUUUCCAGAUCGGUUCUUCAGAUCGUCUUCAUCUUCAUCGUCGUUCUUCAGAUACUUCUAUAGAACUCGAGUUUGAGAAACUCCAGUUCCACCUCAACACUAGAACUUGAGUCCUUGAGGCUCGAUUUUGUCACCGAACUCGAGUUUCACAGAUUCAAGAUACUAGUUUCCUAAAUAGUAUCAAAACCUUGCUAACUAAUGAUAUUCUCUCCCAAAAUUAUGCUAGCUUGCAAAUUACCUCUCGAAACCUAAAGGCAAGAGAAACUUCGUUCUAUGACGGAGGGAAAGAGAGGGAGCUUAAGGGUCGCUGGCGGGGGUUCUUUUGUCGCCGAUCUACGGUGGAGUGACUCGCUCAACAUCGACAAGGCAAGAACAAAGCAAAGAGAGGCGCUGAGGGGCUUCGGUGCAAGAGAAGGAAGAACUGAGAGGCAGAUGUCUUUUAGGGCUUCUAGUUGAUUGUUACGCUCAAACCAGGAUCAACGAAUUUAAAAAUGGAUGAGACUAUGAAGCAAUUCCAAGAGGGCUUAAUUGAGCUUGAAACUGAAGCUGAGCAUCUUCUUUUAGCUCACCAUCAGCUAGUUGAAAAUGACAGAGUGAGGAAUGGGAAUAGGGAGGCACUUACUGCAUUGAGGAAGAGGGCUCAGGCUACAAAAACUAGCGUUCCAUCUCCUUUUGAGUCAAUAAUGAGAGAUAUUGGGGAUCCCGAAUCCAGGCCCUUGGUGGAGGUAUGUACCACCUGUGGCUACCAUGACUCUAAUGAGCGGACAUGGAUGAUGUUCCCCAGGACUGAUCUUAUUGAUCAAGCACAACUUGACUUUGAAGCAAAAAGACUACAGAGCUAUAUGAAAGAGAAGUCCAUUUUGAUUUCAGAAAGAGGUACCAUUGGUGACAGGAUCAGUCCAGGUGUACUCAAAUCUCUCAUAACCCUCUCAGACAAACCAAAGUAAGUGGUGAUUUUGGAAAUAUAGUCUACGUCAUGGCAAUAACCACACCUCUAGUCCCCCUGUGGAAAUUACACUCAUUUCUUCUCCAUCUCACAAUUGUAACAUUCUCAUUUACCUGGUAUAAAAUUAUGUAUAGACUAGUUUUGAAUGUUUUCUCCUAAUGCUGCUCAUGAGGGUUGCUAAUUGCAACAUUUGACUCCACGUUAGUAAUGAUAGAAAAUUUAGAAGUUAA